GUUGUGGGCUGUGGUUUCUUGGUUCUUGGUUCUGAUUUCAGAUGAAGCUCCAUUCGGUUGAGAGAUGAGGUCGGUUCUCCAUCGACAUGGCCUGAAAUCCUGCUGGAUUCUUCCACUACUGAGCAAAAGAGGAGACAGAAGCAGACGGCUUGAGAUACAAGAGAAUGAGAUUCUACAGCCAGGAUGAGGUAUCUACAAUGUUACGCAUCCUCCUGCGCGCAGUCUGUGCUUGGUAGUUCACUAAUCUAUCUUCCUUAAUUCCGAUCAUCGUUUUUUGUCUGUGGCACGUCUUACUCUUCAUGGCCCACGCCUCCUCCCGUUCAGUCUGUGCGCUAUUUGGAGAUGCCGUUCUCGUUGUAGUUAAUGAAUGUUCAAAUGACAUUUAGGAUCUGAUAUUAGGAUGGCAGACAUUUGAGGGUCUCUUGCGCUUAUGGAGGUGGAGAUUUUGUCGUGUAUCUGUACAUACAUGCGAAGAAUUUAAUGGCGUAAAUGCUCUGAACAGGAGUGUUGGGGGUGUAAAUUGAAAUUAAGUCAAGUAGAGGUCUCUCAAGUGACAGCCAUUGUAGAAAAUGAGAUCGACCUACAGAAUCUAGCAUCUUUUGGGAAUUUCACCGGCAUGAAAGAGCCUUGUCGCUCUUACAAUUUGGAGUUCACGAGGCGGACCUGAACCCCUGCAAUGCAAGUCAUAGUGGCCAGGAACACGAAUGCAAUGUCCGAGUCCGAGGAGAGCAUUCGUAUCUCUGCUAGUGGCAAUGCAGAUGUGCAAUCAGACGUGCAAGAGAAUAUUGUAGAAAGGGGUUCUGGGUCUGUGCUUUGAAUCCCCUCAGUUUCGUUCUAAAACCCAUUUCCGCUAGCAUCCCUGUCAAUAAGCCGAGACCUGUAGACGACAGAUCAUUGUUCGGAUGAAUUAGAGAUGGGGAGCACAUUGUUGAAGUAGAGGGGCCGGAUGGUGCAACGCUUAUUUGGAGGGUGAUGACACUACGUUUCAUGCUCUCACAGGGAAGGUGUAGUCUCGUAUAUAUUGCAGUUAGCAUGUAUUUGGAUGGCUGGGGGCUUUUGAGCUUUUUAGGUGUGCUUAAGUGUGUCAUGAAUGAAUGCGUAAAUGAAUCAGAUUUCGCGUCAAUUAAAGACUUCAGGGCUUUUAGAAUAUCAAUUUCAGGAUACGAGAAAUAUCUCUUCAAUUUUUGUUCAUUUGGUUCUCAUGAGUUUCUUAUGUUGUUCAGGCCAUGUGCGGCUGGAACGAGGUCUUUAGUUGACGCGAAAUCUUGUUGCAAUUGUCAAGCAGGUAUACCUGUAUCUUUGGUUGAGGUCGAAUCGUACAGAAAAGCAGGGUAAGUCUUCAAUUGCUGGAUGACAAGAGCAAGCAGCUCAGGCUUGGAACGGCCUUUUGCGUGAAGAAUAACACGAAAGAUACAGAGAUCUUCUGGCUAAUCUGGUUCGCCUUCUUACUCUUAUGUUUUUGGUCUAAGUGGAGGUUUUCCCUUAUCAUGUUGAGUGGUUAAUUCCAAUAUUCUUGUACUCCUACAUGGGAGCUUUAAUGAAACUUAGUCUUCACAUAGGCUGAUAAUGUCAAUCUCCUCGAAAAACAGCGCACAACUUGCAUCAUGUUUGCUUUCAUUUUGGGUCUGAAUUAUUGAUGCACCUUUCAGAUAUGAUGGCUCUUUUCUGUUGAAAUUACUAACGUCAGUAUCUCGUAUUCUUCUGUCUGGGCACGAGUGGUGCAUAGUUGCGCCUACGACAGUUUCCUCACUUGAGCAACUGGUGCAGGAGAGGAAACGAAGAGAGCAAGCCAAAGCAGGACAAAGUGCGAGAAAAAGAUUUGACACAUACCAAGAGAGAGUUCAAGAUGGAAAACAAGUAAAUUAAGCUGCUCAAAAUCUCAGUGGUAGUGUGGUUGCUCUUGGGAGCACUUACGGAACGGAGGUUCAUCAACACUAACUAAUCUGCAGGUUUUGUACAAUAAGACAGAGUCAUUAAUUUGUUUCGAAGCCAACAGUUUCCCCUUUUCAGAUUUCCGUCGUGUAGUGUUUAAUCCUGAUGAGUCAGAUUUGACCCUGAAAAUUGCAGAGCUUCAACCCUGCACCAUUUGAUUUGUAUACAGAUGAAGGAUUCUCAGAAUGUUACACUCCUGUUCUUGUAUUCAGAAUUAGGACGAACUCAAUCGUUUUUAAUUUUGGAGUCUUUUGCAGGUUCGCACGUUGUUAUAAUACACAUAAUGCUAUACAUUUUUAUAAUAUAAUGCCUGCAAUUAAAAGCCGACUAUAUUCUAGAACACCCGCAAUGAGAAAGGAAGAUUACGAAGUUGUCAUGGAAUAGAGAAUCACGAAUCAUCAUGCUGGAAAUUGUCGAAGAUUUGAUCCUCCGACAACUAUAGCCUCGAUUACGAAGGGAAAUAAAAUUCUAAAAUUUCAAAAACAUGGUUCUUUUACACCGAUUUAAUGCUAAUCCACUAUUUAAAUUAUGUCAGUGUAGCGAAAGAUACUCUCACGUCCAGGCUUCUACCAUGUCCAAUUGUUCCGAGUUCUCAGCAAAAUCGGGGCUCCCUUGUGUACACUCAUCUCAUGGUCCUUCACAAGACCCGGCCGAACCACGUCAGUUGCAGUCUCGACCGCUUGCAACGUAACAGCGUUUAAAAUUCUGUUAAUUUGUCUUUGGGGUAUGCAGCGAUUCGACAGGAAACGGUAGUACCCUUGAUGAAACCUAAGUCGGUGUGUGUGUGUGUGGUCAGGUGGGGAUCUUUGGUUCCGCAAUGUUCAGCAUGUUUAUGAAAUCCUACGUCAAGGUGUACUGGUGUCUGUGUGGAAUACUGUUAGGUUUUCUGUAGUUCCAAAAAGAGAUUUUGCUUGGAUGGUUACUUGCUUAAGGUCGUACUAGGGGAGACAAUUGUUGGGUGAGCGUUUUUAGGGAAGGGUUUGGAGUUCACUUGCAGGGAGUAUUAUUAGGUCAAUUAGUCAUCCAGGCUGCUGUACCAUUUAGCAUGAGCGUGGUGCAAUGCAAGUAGAAGACAUGGAAGAGGAUGCUCCUCCCACUCCUGCAGUACUUGAAGGCACUCUCUCCAGCUCCAUUUUGGACUUGGAUCAAACAGAAGGUCACAACCACAACUUCGGCGCUACGUAUGGGCGGGAGGGUCGCGAGGGUAAUUUAGACGAAGGGGAUAUUGGGGGGAGUAAUGGCGGCGGAACAGGAGUUGGGGAGGAUGAAGAGGACAGACCCGACAAGGAAGGCGAAGGGAUGGCGAGGAAGCGACGGGCCGAAAUCUGGCAGGAUGCUGAAAUGGACGCUCUUGUGAGAGCCUUCCGAGAGGUUCACAUGAAGCUCACUUCGGCAGCCGGGAAUGGAAAGAAAGUGAAGCAAGUUUUCAAGUCUGCGAACGAUAAAUGGCAGGAAGUGAGGACGCUACUGCUAGCUUCGGGUGUGGAUAGGCAACCCAAGGAAAUCGAACGCAAGUGGUCGAACCUUUCGACCGCGUUUAAGCAGAUUGCUGACUGGAAUAAUAACAAAAAAAUGGGGCGCCCGAGUUACUGGGAUUUGGACGAGAGCUUGAAGAAGGAGAAGACCAAGGCUAAGGAGCUUCCGGCCACAUUUAGGAUGCAGCUUUUUGACGCAAUGGCUGAAUUUAUGGGCGACCGCCAUGGCCCUCGUAGCCGAUCUCCCGCACAAGCACCUGCCCCUAGUCUGCUUCCAGCGCCUGGUCUCCCCCGUCCUCCUCCCGCUCCAGGGGUGGUGGAUGUUCCACUUCCUGUGGAGAAGCUUGCAAAUCUCAUCGAUGCUGCAAAUCACAAAAGGCGGCGGGUUGUUAUCCUGGCUCCUGGCAGCUUCAAUCCACCAACAUAUAUGCACCUUCGCAUGUUUGAGUUGGGAAGGGACGCACUUAUAGCAGAGGGUUACCAUGUGCUAGGGGGCUAUAUGUCUCCCGUCAAUGAUCUAUACCAGAAGAAGGGUCUUGCUCCUGCAGAGCAUCGUAUCAGGAUGUGCGAAUUGGCAGUUGCUGAUUCACCUUUCAUAAUGGUCGACUCUUGGGAGGCUAAGCAGAAUACAUUCCAAAGAACGCUUACUGUGAUGGCACGGAUUGAUACGGUGGUCAAUUUUAAUAAUUGUGCUGCUGAUGAAAAAGUAAAAGUGAUGCUACUCUGUGGAUGUGAUUUUCUUGAGUCCUUUACAACUCCUGGCGUGUGGAUUCCGGACCAGGUGCGAACUCUGUUGCAAGAGUAUGGAAUUGUAUGUGUAAAUCAAGAUAGCAAAGAUGCACGACGUCUUGUGUUUGAACAUGAGAUACUGUACAAUAAUCGAAGACAGAUUUUGGUGGUGGAUGAGGUCAUUCAAAACAGUAUAAGUGCAACUGCAAUCAGGCGAAAUUUGUCCAGGGGCUUGUCGGUGAAGUAUUUGACUCCCGAUCCAGUAAUCAACCAUAUCAAGAUGAAUCAUCUAUACACGAAUAUUCCCCUACGCAAUGACGAAUGACUUCGCAGUGAAGCUUGAUGCAUCAAAGCUGUAUUUGAACUAGACGAGUAGGCGUUGAGCUUUUCUGACGGCCUUCUGUAAAUGCCUCACUUGACGCGACCUUCUUCGGAGGAUGCACUGUAUAGUAUAACUACCCAAAUGCAAUUUACUAAUACUAAGAUGGAACUCUGUCUUCAACUUGUUGCUGAGUGUCCUGCACACAUAUGGACUAAAGAAGUUGCUAAAUCAUUUCUUA